UUGAGUGGCUCAUAUACACUAGACUUCAAUCUCUUAUUUGCUAGAGCAGGCCAGGAAGGAUCCAGAGGAGGUUUCUGGUGAUGAUGCUGUCCCUGUCAGUGCCUUGAGGACAAACCUGAAGACUGUGUACAACAAUCUAUAAGAGAACAAACUGCAUUGUUGCAAUGGUGCUGGAAUUUCACUGAUCCCAUUAUGGUAAAAGAAAGAUUUGCUAGGAUUUGUCUGACUGCUAGUAUUAACCCAGAAUUCUCUAUUUCACCUCUACUGACAAAACUCUGUGUAACUUUAGUGGAAGUUUUGAAUCAGUGGAAUCUGCAGGACUUGGCCCUAUCUUACGUUAACAUAUAUUAAAUACUAUUUUCCAGAUUAAAUUGAGUAUGGCAGUUAUACAAUUCAAAAAUUGCCACACUGGGACCUGAAUUCUGUGGAACAGACUGUAAUAUGGAUUUAGAACUCGAAGACUAUAACACAACACUCACUAAGGAGAACAGCUCUGCGACUAUCAAGAGUUCUGAUUUUUCAGAAGACUGGGAAGACUAUAAGAGCAGCGUAGAUGACUUACAGUACUUUCUGAUUGGCCUGUACACAUUUAUAAGUCUUAGUGGCUUCAUGGGAAAUCUACUUAUACUGAUGGCUCUAAUAAAACGCAAGCAGAACACAAUAAUAAACAUUCUCAUUGGAAACCUCGCCUUUUCUGACAUUUUAGUUGUGCUGUUUUGUUCACCUUUUACAUUAACAUCUGUCCUGCUCGAUCAGUGGAUGUUUGGAGCAAUCAUGUGCCAUGUUAUGCCCUUCCUCCAAUGCGUGUCAGUUCUGGUUUCAACUUUAAUGUUAAUCUGUAUUGCUGUUGUCAGAUACCGCAUGAUAAAAAAUCCCCUUUCUAGUAAUUUAACAGCAAAACAUGGCUAUUUCUUAAUAGCAACUAUCUGGGCUCUUGGUUGUACAAUUUGCUCCCCUCUGCCAGUUUUCCACAAAAUUGUAGAUCUCCAUGAAACCCUUAAUUUAGAGACACUGAACAGCAGGCAUUUGUGUAUUGAAUCAUGGCCAUCUGAUUCAUAUAGAAUUGCCUUUACUAUUUCCUUAUUACUCAUGCAGUAUAUAUUGCCCUUGGUUUGUUUAACUGUAAGUCAUACCAGCGUCUGCAGGAGUGUAAAUUCCAGAUUGUCAAACAAGGAAAACAGAUUUGAAGAAAAUGAGAUGAUAAACCUAACACUUCAUCCACCCAAGAGUUGCAGAUCUCAGGUGCAACUCUCCAGCAGUUCUAGAUGGAGCUAUACGUUUGUCAGACAACACAGAAAAAGGUAUAGUAAAAAGACUGCCAGUGUGAUGCCAGCUAUUUUAUGGAGUCAUCAGGAUAAUAAUUCUGGAGAACUCCCAGAAACUUCUGGUACAGAAAGAAGCCAGCUCUCUUCAUCCAGUAAGUUCAUACCAGGGGUACCAAUCUGCUUUGAGAUGAAACCAGAAGAAAAUUCAGAGAUGCAAGACAUGAUUACAGUAUCCCGAUCCAUCACUCGAAUUAAGACAAGAUCUCGGAGGGUUUUCUGCAGACUGACAGUACUGAUCUUAGUUUUUGCUGUCAGUUGGAUGCCUCUUCACCUUUUCCAUAUUGUCACUGAUUUUAAUGCCAAUCUUAUUUCUAAUAGGCAUUUUAAAUUAGUAUACUGCAUAUGUCACUUACUGGGUAUGAUGUCCUGCUGCUUGAAUCCCAUCUUAUAUGGGUUCCUUAACAAUGGCAUAAAAGCUGAUUUGAUGUCUCUUAUUCCAUGCUACCAAAUAUCAUGAUUUUAAAAGCUCGACAAUAAAAUAUAAAACAAACAAUGUUAUAUCUAUAAACAUACUGAAAUAUAAAAUAUCUUUUAUUUAGUUUUAGGUGUGAAUCAGUUGUGGUUAGCAAUGAUUAGCAGCUUUAGAUGUGAAUGGUUAGUUCUAGGUCUGAAUGGUUUGUACAUGCCUCUUAUGUACAGCAGAAAAUACAAAUACAUUGUAAUAUUAGUCUUUUGUUUACCUAUUGUAUGGAGGAAAUCAUGUCUAGUGUACAAAACCAUAUUAUAAUUUUAAUAGUUCAGUUAAAUGUUUUAACUGUACCUUGCAAAUAUCUGAACUCUGAAUUCACAAUUCAUGUAAGAAAUGAGUCAAAUCAUCUCAUAUCAAUUAUCAUGAGGCUAUAAUCAGCAGAUUAUUAUUAUUACUGCUAAAUAAUGUUUAAAAUGAAUCAGACUA